UGAACCGGAAUUUGAUUGGCAGAGUCAUCAAACCGGUACUCUUAAACCAUUCCUAACGGCCGUCAAAGUCAAAGAUUACAAUCUAUUGACAACCGUUGAUCUCAACUUGGGUUUAGUUAUCAUCGACGGCUAUGAGUACUUGAAAGAGCUGAAGAAACACUCUAUAACAGAAAGCAACCGCGCCAUUGGAGUCUCCUUUUUUUUUUUAACAACUUCUUCUUCGACUCUGUUUCUCUCUCUCUCUAUAACUGAGAAAGUUCUCACUUUCCCGAGAAAAUUUAAUUUUCUUUCUGCUCUCUGAGAAAAAAAUCUUGUAACCGAAAGAGCGAGAAUGAUGAAACGGAUUGAUACUUCUCUUCUGUACACGGCGUUCGUUGUGCUUCUUCUUCUUGGAGUAGUUCCUCGAUCUGAUGCAAGGUCACGCUCUACUCGACGUAAGUUUCUCAAGAAAAUUUCGAUUGAAUCUCGUUUUCAUUCUUGAAUCGUUGUAAUCUUUGGAGAUGAUGAUGUUUCUUUGAUCUCCCUGUAUCGCUUUUUGAGUAAUUUGCAAGAUAACGAUGAUCGAUGAUUUGGUUUUUGAGAUUCUUCUGUUUCAUCGUUGUUUCUUACUGUUGCAGCGCCAAGUUUCAUGCGAUUCGUGUCAAACGCAACUGAUUUUGCGUCGGAGGAUUACUACGACUACAUAAUCGUCGGAGGAGGUACGGCGGGAUGUCCACUAGCCGCCACACUUUCACAAUCUUUCAGGGUUCUUCUGCUUGAACGUGGCGGCGUUCCGUACAACAGACCUCACGUGAUGUCGCACGAUGGUUUCUUGACUACACUCACUGACGUCAACAACUUCGACUCGCCGGCUCAGUCUUUCGUCUCUGAGGAAGGAGUUCCUAACGCCAGAGGCCGUGUUCUUGGAGGAAGCAGUGCGAUCAACGCUGGGUUCUAUAGCCGUGCUGAUAAGCAGUUCUUUGAGAACUCGGGUCUUAAUUGGGAUCUGACUAGUGUGAAUCAGUCAUAUGAGUGGGUUGAGAGAGCUAUUGUGUUUAGACCUCAGCUCAGGACUUGGCAAACUGCGAUUAGGGAUGCGUUGCUUGAGGUUGGUGUGCAUCCGUUUAAUGGAUUCACCUUGGAGCAUAAAGUUGGGACUAAGAUCGGAGGGUCUACGUUUGAUCGUGCUGGGAGGAGACACAGCUCUGCAGAUCUUCUCAGGUAUGCAAGAAGUUCCAACAUUAGAGUUGCAGUUUACGCAACUGUAGAGAGAGUACUGCUAGCUUCAUCUCCAAGUGUCUCCGGUGCCAACGUAUCUGCGAUUGGAGUGGUUUACCGUGAUCAGCUGGGACGUUACCAUCACGCCAUGAUACGAGACAGAGGAGAGGUGAUACUGUCAGCUGGUGCACUCGGUAGCCCACAGUUGCUUUUUCUUAGUGGGAUUGGUCCAAGGAGUUAUCUUUCGACUUGGGGGAUCCCAGUGGCUCUUGACCAGCCUCAUGUGGGAGAUUUUGUGUAUGAUAACCCGAGGAACGGUAUCUCCAUUGUUCCUCCGGUUCCAAUGGAGAGCUCACUGAUUCAAGUGGUGGGUAUUACUGAGGAAGGGGCUUUUCUGGAGGCUGCUUCCAAUGUGAUUCCGUUUGCUUCGCCUUUACAUUCUGUGUUCAUCAGAGCGCCAGCUUCUCCUUUGUACGUCCCUGUGACAACUAUAAUGGAGAAGAUCCUAGGUCCAGUGUCUAUUGGUCUACUAAGGCUGGCCUCAACGGAUGUGAGGAUAAACCCAGUUGUUAGAUUCAACUACUUCAGUGAUCCACAAGAUCUAGAGAGAUGUGUCAAUGGGACUAGGAAGAUUGGAGAAAUACUCAGGAGCCGAGCUAUGCAGGACUUUAUGAUCAGGGAAUGGUUUGGGAACCGUAGAUUCAGGUUUGUUGGAGCUCCAUUGCCUGUGGACCAAUCAAAUGAUCUAGUGAUGGCAGAUUUCUGCAGACGUACUGUGAGCACAAUCUGGCACUACCAUGGAGGCGCUGUUGUGGGAAAAGUAGUGGACUCUGAUCUCAAAGUCAUUGGUAUUAAUUCUCUUAGGCUUGUGGAUGGAUCAACCUUCAAUAUCUCUCCAGGAACUAAUCCUCAGGCGACCUUGAUGAUGCUUGGAAGGUAAGAAGAAACUUACCAAGUGUAUUACUCUUUGAAAUUGUAUCAGUUCAUUUUGAUGAAACUAAAAAGAAACUUCUAUAUGAUAAUUGCAGGUACAUGGGGCUGAAGAUGCUGAGGGAGAGAAUGAGAUAGAAAUGAUUCCCCAGAUAGGCUUCCUGGAUUAUUUUGCUGAUUCUUUUGCUCUUAUGUUCACCUAUAGCUCUCUAUCACGUGUUACUACACUGAGUUUGUUCAGUCUUUCAUUGGACUCCUCGCUUAAUUCAUGUAAUAGAGUACAGUAGUUCAUCUAUAUAGUCCAUCUAUGCAACAGAAUUGAGAUGUACUCAGACUAGCCAUUAUAGUAAAAAAUCCAGCAUUCCUAUGUCAGAGAGCAAAGGACAUGUUCAUAUUACAAAUACAGAUACAGUAUGUGACAUACUAGAGGAAAUUUAAAUCUUAGUAAUGUGAAAACAAGAGGCAGUAUUCUUCUAAUUUUCUGUUUUUGGCACUAUGAUGAACACUUUUGGAAUUUGUUCCAUGUAAAAGUUUCCUCUUGAAGUUUCGUGGAAUCUCCUACUUCAUUAUGUAAAGGAAGAUAAGACAAUCAAACGCAUACCUCU